UGUUAUGGAAAUAUGUGAUCAGAUGUCCUAAGAAGGCUUUUCCUUUAAAAGCCCUGUCGGUAAUCGUGAAUUUUCUCCAGUUCGCUUGAAACAGACCGCUUCGUUGAGAGUUUAAAUGUUUGUGCACCCCUGCUGAAUAUAAUCGUCCAGAAAUGAGUGGGAAUUAGUGUACGACAGAGGAUUCCCUCGGCGGUUUCGAUCUGCAAAAUGUCCAAACGCCGUGCUUCGGAACGAGGUGCUGGAGAGUCAUCCGGCAGACCCAGCAAGCUCCUCUGUCCUGGUAUAUCAGGCAACAAUGCUAAAAGAGCUGGUCCCUUUGUUUUAGGCCCAAGGCUGGGAAACUCUCCUGUGCAGAGUAUAGUCCAAUGUCUUGCCAGAAAGGAUGGGACGGAUGAUUUCUAUCAGCUAAAGAUACUGACCCUGGAAGAGCGUGGGGACACUGCAGGAGAGACGCAGGAAGAAAGGCAGGGCAAAAUGCUGCUGCAUACAGAAUACUCUUUACUGUCACUGCUCUCUAACCAAGAAGGAGUGGUGCACCACCAUGGCCUCUUCCAGGACCGUUCCUGUGAGAUUGUGGAGGACAUGGAGGCCAACAAAGUGCGAAAGAUGAAGAGGCGAAUAUGUCUGGUGCUCGACUGCCUCUGCGCCCACGACUUCAGCGACAAAACGGCCGACCUCAUCAACCUGCAGCAUUACGUCAUCAAAGAGAAGCGACUGAGCGAGCGUGAGGCUAUCGUCAUUUUCUACGAUGUAGUGAGAGUGGUGGAGGCAUUACAUAAGAAGAAUAUCGUCCAUCGAGACUUGAAGCUUGGAAACAUGGUGCUUAAUAAACGGACUCAUCGGAUCACCAUCACAAACUUUUGUCUUGGCAAGCAUUUGGUGAGUGAGGAAGAUCUGUUAAAGGACCAGAGAGGCAGUCCAGCCUACAUCAGCCCAGAUGUCUUGAGUGGUCGACCAUACCGUGGUAAGCCCAGCGAUAUGUGGGCACUCGGUGUGGUAUUGUUCACCAUGCUCUAUGGCCAGUUUCCAUUCUACGACAGCAUACCUCAAGAACUCUUCCGCAAGAUCAAAGCAGCAGAGUACUCUAUUCCUGAGGAUGGGAGGGUGUCUGAAAGUACGGUAUGCUUGAUCAGGAAGCUUUUGGUCCUCGACCCACAGCAGAGGCUUACUGCCACUGAGGUGCUGGAAUCACUGAGCGGCAUCAUCGCCUCCUGGCAAUCUGUGUCCUCACUAAGUGGCCCUCUACAAGUUGUGCCAGACAUAGAUGAUCAGCUUAACCACCCCGAACAUCUUCAGGAGGCGAAAGUGACAGAGGAGUCGUCUCAGUAUGAAUUCGAGAACUACAUGAGGCAGCAGUUGUUGUUGGCGGAAGAGAAGAACACUAUCCACGAGACCAAGAACUUCCUCAGCAAGAGGCAUUUCGGUAACGUGCCUCCAGUGAGGCGCCUCGGCCACGACGCUCAACCUAUCAGUCCUCUGGAUGCCGCAAUUCUGGCCCAACGCUUCCUCCGGAAGUAGCACCGCCACUCUGCCUGUGGGAGUGGAGCCACGGAACUGGGCACACACUUGUAUGUUUGCGUGAGAGAGUGUGUGUGUGUGUGUGUGUGUGUGUGUGCCCAUGUGUGUGUUUGAGAGUGCACCGUGUGCCUGUGAGUCUGGCGGACACACGGGCCAAGGAAUAGCUCACCAUUCUGUUGCUUUAUUCAUCUGCCCAGGACACAAACUCUGCCUUUUGGGUGGCACAUGGGAAUCUGAUGAGACACUGACUACCGCCACCACCUCCAUGCCAAUCCUUGCCCAAAUCUGACACACACACACACACAUACACAUUUUCAGCAAUACCCAAACAGAAUCAUGUAGCAAACCACACACAACCCUCCCAUCCUCGUCUCCCCUUCACUCAACCUCUCCCUCAGCACUUUCAACGGGAAUGCCGCGGAUCCAUGAUCAACCCCCUUGUUCUGUCUCCGUCACUUCCUGUUCACCUCAACCAGUCUGUAUCACUCCCGUAUGUAUCUAUGAAUGCAAAUCUACCUCUUACCAUUUUUCUCUCUCUUUCCUCCUCUUUCAGUCCAUUUUUAACUAUGCUCUCAGUUCUUUUGAAAGCAGGACUCAUUAUGUUGGGGGAGACAAGCACAGGCUCAAAAGCAUUAGCAUUGUGGUUGUGUAACUAUUCUGUGUGUCAAACCAGUGAUUGGUUUUUUUCCUCACAAUCCGAAUAAGCUUCUUUUUUUUUUCUCUUCAUACUGAAAUGGUAGCAUUUUACAAUAGAUUAUUAUUUUUUUUCCAUUUGAAGUAUCACAAUUUAGCAAGCUAUAACCUUAUAUUAAUGAAAUCAUAGCAGAAAAGUUCCUGUCCUCUAUUUGAAUGGGUUUCUCUUGGCAGCUAGCAUCACAAAUUACUAUGUCUGGAUGUCUACAUCCAAAAGCAUAACUUUGCAUCCAAACCGGCCGAUAUGGUACAUUGUUCUCCUAUCAAAGGCCUCAAUUUCCUUUGUAUUAUUCAAUCAAUCAAAGCACCUGAUAUGCCACUACAGUGGAGUGGUAUUGUUGUAAUAUGGCUUGUCAUAGGGUUGUGCUUGGAAAAAGAGAAGGGAUGGGACAGCUGGUGAUGGGAUGAAACUGUCAGGAAGCAGGGUGGCUGAGCCGGCAGUCAUGCGGAAGUCUAAGCCAAGAUAAACCCUUAAGCCCUCCUUUCCUUUUACGUCCUUCUGUCUAGUGUGCUCACCCUCUGAUAGCAUGCCAAGCCAUCAAAGUGCAUCUUCUGCUAUGUCCUGUAUCUAUAGUGCUUUCGUUCCCUACACAGAUUUCAGCUGCAGCUCAGGGAUAGAGAAUUGGUCACUUGGGAACGUUUUUGGCCUCGGUGAUACAAAGAAACCCAUUGUAUAGAGGACUCUUUUGAAUACCCCCCCACC